AUGUCCUCCAAGCUGCCGUAUGUGCAGGCGCUUUCGAGCAAACGGUCGGAGCAAACGGUCGGGAAAGGUGCUCCUUCGCCGCUUCACCGUGAGGUCGAGUUCCAUCCUGUGCACGUCGGGCAAAGACCGUCUGUCCACACGCCUUUAGCUUUAGCACUUAAUGACAGUGACUUCCGGACACAGCCUUACCACGAUGGGUCCCCGAGGCCUUGCAAGCUUACUUUUAGCCAGUGGCAGUUGAGUUACGAAAUGGCCGUCUUCAAGCUCGCCGCUCUCCUCUCUGCUUUCGUCGCUGCUGCUCAGGCCAACCCUGUUGCCGUUCCUCGCGCUGCGCUCGACCUAUUCGUCCCCCCAAUCAUCAAGCCUGAUGCGACCACCGUCUGGACUGUUGGACAGAACGAGACCGUCAUUUGGGACACUUCCAACGCUCCGGCCAUCAUCUCGAACGGCGCUGCCGUCUGUCUCAGUGGCUUUGGCGUGAUUGCGCGCGGCUUCGACCUCCGCGCUGGGAGUGUGGUCGUUCAAGUCCCUGCUCAGGUCGUUCCGGGACCAUACAACAUCACUUUGUUCGGCGAUUCUGGAAACAUCAGCCCCGCGUUCUCCAUUGUCUCUGUUUGA